AUGGACCAGACGCGGCGCCUGAGUCCCACGGAUGAACUCCAUGGCCUCGUGCAGCACGUGCCAAGGAUCGAGGCGAGCAUCGUGAGCUCGGUCUCGAGCGCAGUGGAGCACCUGAACAGGGGGCUGCUGGAGUGCCGAGAGGGUCUCUGCGUGGUGUUCUCGGCCUCGGUCGACUCCAGCUUCCUGCUGUACCGUCAGGACCGGAAGGACGUCCUCCAGCGCUUCGGCCUCCAAGAGGCGCCUCAGGGGAACGCGGCGCUGAGCCGCUCGGCGUCUCGCAGGUGCUCCAGCUUCGACCCGGCCCCCCGCCGCGCCCCGCCAGUCAUCACGAGCCCGCAGGACCGCGCACCUUCCGCCGCCGCCCAGGAAGGCAGGCUCGGCCGGCGCGCGGCACCGGCGUCGCCUGGCGGGGCCUGCCCCAGCUCGCCCCAGUGCGGCGCUGGCCGCACCCCGUCGGCGGCGCCCGCGGCGGCAGUCCGGGCCACCUCGGCCGCUGCCGCGCAGGCGCCGGCAGAGGAGGGGCCUGCCCUGGGCCCCAGCGAGCUGCGCGUGGGCGGCUCCAGGUUCCAGGUCCUCGACCUCAUCGGCAGAGGGGCCUUCGGCACCGUGUGGCGCGCGCGCCGCGAGGGCGGCCGCGAGGAGUGCGCGGUCAAGGUCACGAGCACCGAGGACGCCGCCUCCUUCGCGGCGGCCACCUUCGAGGCCGAGCUGUUGCAGGUCCUGGAGGCCGCCUGCGCCCACCUGCGCCGCCAUGUGCCACAGUACGUGGCGCACUCCGUGCACGCGAAGGACGGCGGGAGCGGCGGCGGCAGCGUGCACCUGGCGAUGUCGCACCUGCGCGGGCGCGCCCUCGACCUCUGGCUGUACGGCGUCAGCGACGAGGAGCACAAGACGCGCAACGUGGGCGAGCUCGUGGGUGGCCGGCUGCCCGGCGGCCAACAGGGGCGGUGGUCGCUCGGGGGUGCGUGUGCCGUCGCGCGGGAGAUGCUCACGCAGCUCGCGCCGGUGUUCAGCGCCCUGGAGUCCAUCGCGUUCCACCGCGAUGUGUCCGCGCACAACGUGCUCGUGGACUUCCCGGAGGGCGCCGCCGCGCCCAGCUUCGGCCUCAUCGAUUUCGGGCUCGCGGUGCGCUCGUCCACGUGGCCCCAGCGGUGGCGCAGCUCCAACCUGGCGGGCGACCCUCGCUACUGGGCGCCGUCCGCGUGGAUGGCGCUGGCGCUCGGCUUCAGGCACGUGGCGGGCCAUCCCAACUCCGGCUUCCAGCACCAGUACCUGUCGCGCAUCGACCACUUCGCUGCGGGCAUCAUGGGGCUCGAGGUCCUCUUCGCCCUCUGGGACGUGGCCGCCCUGGAGGGCCCGUGCUCGCACCUCCUGGAGGCCCACGCGGCCUGGACGGAGUACUGGUCGGGCAUCAUCGUUCUGUUCCAGCAGUUCCACCGGCAGGGCGCCGCGGACGUCCGCGACCGCCUGCUGCGGUCGCUGACCGACGGCCUCGGCGCCAUCGUCCACCGCCUCUUCCUGCUGCGGCAGACGCUCCGGCGCGCAGCGGUGCACCGGGACAGCGGCCGCUGCGCUGCCCUGCUGCUGGUCCUCGCUGACUUGAUCGACGAGAGGGGUACCGUCGCCUGGGGAGAGGUCCCCGCGAUGCUGGCGGGGGACCUCGCCGAGCCCGCCAGGGAGCACGCGUGAUGCCAGCGGUGGGCGUGUACCACUAGGGGGCCGCGCGCGCUUCGCGCGCGGCCUGCUCGGGAGGGCCCGCAGUCCUGCACGAAGGCACACCGCCUCCCGGUUCGGAGUUGCAGGCGCUCGCUUGCCUCGAGGCUGGUCUGUGUGUGUGUGUGUGUGAGUUGACUGGCGUGCACUUUUUUCUGCACGUGCAGCCGCUUGUUGGUUGCACCCCAUCGACACACGUUCGGCGGUAAGCAGCUUUGCGCAUCCCGCCAGCGCCCUCGCUGCGUUAGACCAGCCGGCCGCGCAGCAAAAAGUGUGCGUGCGUG